UUGGGGAUGGCAUGAAAGCAUUUUGGAAGCCUACCCCCUGGCAGUAGGACCCAUCUGUCUGCAUUGCAUGCCUGGCCUUAGGGAAGGGGUUAAGUCCCCUACCAAGCAGAUGACUUUAUGGCUGUGGAAUUAGAAGCAGCCGGAGCUGUUGGAAUCUGUGGGUUUGUGUUGGGCAACUUGUGAGCUUGUAUCUGUGGUACCCUCAUGAGGGCUGGCUCCAGGGUUAUGGGGUCUGGAGAAAUAGUUCUGAGGCAUUGCAUAAUCUUAGUGAGGGCAGGACGUUUGGACCUGUGGCUCCUCAAAGGCCCAAGUGCAAAUGAGUUCUGGUCAAUAAAUUGCUGUCAUGGCAAAGCAGCUGGCUCUUCUGGCCUUGCUCCUUUGCAAGCUUGGCAGGCUGCCUUUCCUGUGCUGCUAUUUGGCUAACGUGCAUCUGACCCCAGUAUCAUGGACUUCAUUUUCAAGCUACAGACUUGUUUGUUUACAUGAGUUUUAGGAGGUGAGGCAGGGGAAGUUCUUCCUUCAGGCAAGUCAAUACUGAUAGCAAAUGUUCUUGAACGUCGUCAUACUAUAUUGCACUGCAAUUCUGUUGAACUGACAGGCCAGUUUUUAACCCUUGGGUGGUAAAGUAGGUUGCUUCUCAGUGCAGGAAGCAACAGUUGCCUUGACCUGAAGUUUCAGUGCUAUGCAAUAAACUGACCUUUCCUGCUAUAGUAACAGGUUCAUUCUCUGAGUAUAGCAAGUCCUUCCAAAUCUACCUUUAUGACAAUCUGUAGGUAGUGCUCUUCUAAAGGCUUUUAUUACAAACUCCUGACCAAGAUCCUGUUGUAAUAGUUUUACCCUCUGAUUGCUAAAGUGAACCUGCUGAAUCUGCUGCCCUCAGGAAAUUCCCCUCCCAGACAGGCUCCUAUUUUUGUUCUGAGAAACUUUAGGGGAAUUCAGCUAUUUCCAGGCCAAUGAAGAUCAUGCUGUAGGCAGAGAGGAAGUUCAGCAUUUAACGUUCUUGUGAUGGAAGUGAUGUGCUCAGCACAGUAUCUGAACUCCUGACCUUUUGUGAAACUGUCUUGGCUAGUUGCUUGUUACUUAACGCUUCUCCCUCCCGUUUUCAGGUGAGAGAAACUGAGACCAUGGAUGCCAGAUGGUUUGCCUCUGGAGACUUGCCAGAUGAUGAAGACAUUGGUGAAUUCAAGCUUCACUUAACUUCUGAUGGGUUAGAUGAACAUGAGGCAUCUGGUUCUGGAGACUACAUAGACUCUGAAGAUGCCUUGUCUCCAACCACCGCGGAUAGUCCUGUGAUAGCUGACAAUUAUAUCCCUGGAGAUACUGAGAGAAAGAUAGAAGGUGAGGACAGAAACACGAUGGUGGACAAUGAAAUCAUUCCAGACAAAGCUUUACCUGUGGAAGAGAACCUGUCCAACAAGGUCUCCAUGGCAAGCACAGCCAACAGCAGCAUCUUUGAAAGAACAGAAGUGCUUACAGCUCUCAUUGCAGGAGGGGCAGUGGGCCUCUUGUUUGCUGUCUUCCUGAUCCUCCUCUUAGUCUAUCGUAUGAAGAAAAAGGAUGAAGGAAGCUACGACCUUGGGAGGAAACCAAUCUACAAGAAAGCCCCUACAAAUGAAUUCUAUGCUUAAAGCUCAGCAGCACCUUGUGCCCAUCAAGGGACAGACAGACUGUAUGGAAACAGUGUGCCCUCAGAUGAGACAUGCUGAACAAAUAAAUGCUCUUUUUGGAUUGAAUUUCAAAGUGACUUGGGGUGGGGGAACUUUCUCCAUGACCCUUCUCACCCUGCUCAGCUAUCAAGGGCCCAAUGAAAUACAAAGAGUCUGAAAAAAGUGUAUUUUUUCUAAAGCUAGUGUAAAAAUAAUAAAGAUGCCAAAUUCACUGCUUGGUUUGGUAGAGGGUAUAUAAACACAAAACAGACCGCAUGGAAGUGAACACCAUGUGUUUGCAUCCAGUAUGCAGCGCUCAGAUUGGCUUCCUCUAUAGAAGAUGGCUUUUUUUGUUUUAUAAAUCUCGCUAAUAGAUGUCUUGUAGCAGGCUGAUGUGAAGCUUUUUUGUGGAGAACUAUUUAUGAAUCUCUUACACUACAGAUAAUGUUGCCUUAUCAGGGAGUAUAGAGCCCUUAGGGCUUAAAAAUCCUUGAAUGCCAUAAAGGGCCUAUGGGAACAUUUUUCCCCAGGAGACUUCUAUCUCUUCCUGUUGGCCCCAGGCAAGGGUCAUUAGUCUGUGAAAUCAGGACGGUCCGUUUUGUUUGGCUAUGACAACACCCUUUCCUUGCCUUCAGUCUCUUACCUUUUUAGGAUUGUUUGUAGGAUUUUUAUAACAAAAUUUUAAAGAAAAUAGCCUAAUGUUUAUAUAAAGUUUGUAGAAAUUGUUUCGAAAUAAAAAAAUCUACUUUUUUAAUUUCCUCAGAUUUAUUUUUUCAAUCCCUUUGUGUUUCCUUUGGCUGGGCAUUUCUCUAGAUAUGUGUUUUAUAUGAUUCAUAUUCCAAACUGAAGCAGUGCUAGCUACAAUGUGUUACAGAUUUCUUUAAUUCUAUAGCAGCUACUGUAGAGGAUAAAGAUAUUUAUGGUUUUCCUGUAACUAUUUUUGGAUUUGAUUUUUUUUUCUUUUUUAUAGAACUAUUUAUAGUUUCUGAAAUGGCUGCUCUUCUCAUUUAGUAACUCUUAUCCUUUUUAUGUAAAACACUAAUAUAAUGAGUCUCUGUGGAAACUAUUUAAGCUUUAUUCUGUGAAUUUUAAUUAUAAAUUCAAGGCGAUAACUUUUAAUCUGUAUGCAAAAUUGGAUUCAUAAUAUGAUUGAAGUAGGGAAAAGACAAGAGUAUUUUUAGUCUGUAAUAUAUUAUAAUCGGUCCUAUAGAGCUAUAUAUUAUAUAUUUUACUGAAAAUGCAGUUAAGAGUGAAAAGGCUGGAGUUAUUUCUUCAGCAGCCUUACCGUGUGUGAGAGGUUUGAUCUAGCUUGUACUGUUGUUUGUCCGGUGUCUUGUCUAGAGUGCAAGCGGUCUUGCGCUAGUGAAGGCGGCUGGGUCCUGGUGCAUGGCCGCCGAGUCCUGGGGGCCCGUAGUGCCCCAAUUCAGGCCCAGGGCAGUGCCAUCCCAUUCACAGCUGUGCCCUGGAAGCAGGCUGCAGUAGGUGAUGUGGUGGAGCUCAGGUCUGCAUCUUCUUUCUGGGGUUGCUUUGGAGCAAGUGCUGGCAGCUCACAGUACGGAGGAAGUAGGUCUCUGUCUUGGGGAUUAUCCAGAUUGCCUCAACUGUGGAGUCCCCAGUGGUACCGUGCUGAGUCCCUGCCUCUUGCAGAAGGUUGACUUUGGUAGCUAGAAGUCUGCCUGGGUGAUAUCUCCCAUGCAGGAACUCUGAGCUCUUGCACAUUGCUAGCUCUGAACCUCCUGCAAUGGGUCUUUAAUGUAUCGUGUAAAUAGCUCCUUCCUCUGAGAGUCAGGCCAAUUCCCCCAAAUGCUCCUAGAGGGAGGGAUAAUGUGUGUGUCCUAGGUCUCUGUUUCAGGAAGGAGUUACAGAACUACUUUAUGCAAAUCUUGUCCUAUUGCAGCAGUUAGUGUGUUAGGAUACCAUCUGGGUGCGAGUUCCUCAAUUUGAGUGAUCUCGUAGGGAGUACAAAAGCAAAGGGUUGUGAAGAUUGUUUUUUUUUUUUUUUUAAAAAAAAAAAAUCUCAUUAACUCCUCAAGCCUUCUUACAGAGACUGUGCUUGGGGACCAAAUUUUUAGAGGCAAUAGAACAAAGGAAUUCUGGUGCUGUCAGUUCUAGGCUAGUGAAGUGGGGAUAUCGGAGGAGUGAUGUACGGAGUCAUCAGUGCCAGAGGACUUUUCCCAAGGCUCCUCCUCCAGGUUGACUCCCUUACUUGGUUCCAGUACAAGCUUGUUCCUGGAAGCCACAGGCUCUGAGACACUUUUUAAAACAAAAGCAACAAAACAAACAAAACAAACUGUUCAGAGUUCACUAUAGACUGGGAGAACUUCAACUGCCUAUGGUCAGCGCUACCAGGAAGGCGGGAGCAGUGUCUGUGUCUCUGGAUGUUUAGAUUCUCUUGUGUAAUUGGUCUUGGGGAUUUUCCACUGUUACCGAUUUAUUUUAUUUUUUGCUUGAAUAAACUGGUACUUCCUAAAAUCUG